CGAUACACCGCGCAGUGUUGUUUGCCUCGUACUAUGAAAAUGUUACCGUGCUCCUCGCUUUUCAUGAGCAUUCAAAGGACGCCUGAAAACGAGGCACGAACGUUGGAAUAUUGUUUCAUCACGAUACAAAUCGGCAAAUGAAGAGGGCAGUGAUAUAGACGUUGGGAAACGGAACAGUGCUCUAUCUGAAAUUCGGGGGUUCUUGUAUCCGCGCUUUGCCGUGCCUUCAUUGAUUUCUAAGUCACGCUGCGCGCAAAAAUCCGGAGGUGUAACGUGAUUGUUGUAUUAAUGGAACUACGUACAUCGCGGAAGUGUGCACGUUCGAUGAUUAAUCACAGAUAAAAGAUUACAGUGUUUCGCAUUGAAAUCAGACUCAAACACGGGACUAGUUUUAUGGUUGUGACCGGUACGUCAGAUGGAUGUAUUACUUCAAAUGGAAUAAUGUUAAAUCGAUCGAAUGUCACGAGAAUCUUAAUUCAAUUAUGGUUAUCUAAAUUUUGAAGUAAUCCUCUUAUCGUUCAGUUUAUUGCUGAUUCGUGACUGAAUGACACAUCAAUCGUUCCCGGGCAACAAUACCAUUCCAACGAUCAUUCCCUGUCAAACAAAUUUUCGAAUAUACCAUCAUGCUGUAAGGUGAAAUAAUUCAAUUAAUUGAUAUAGUCGAUAAAUAUAAUGUCUUCGAGAGCAGCUGUUGCUGCAAAUCAGUCAGAAAUACGGUGCCAUCAAUGUAUAAUACCGUGGAAUCGGUUUUCUGUGAGAGCAUCAAGUUAGACAAAACCUUUCUUAUAACCAUCGGUGUGCAUCAUCGACAUCGACAAGCUGAUGAUUGACGAAUGGCUCGGACUGAGUGGGUUGAUCAUCGUUAACGACACGCCUACAUUUCGUAUCGCCGAAGAAAGCAUUCGAAGGGAAGAGACAUUUGAAAGGUGCUGCAUUUCGCGGAAAUCUUUUAUCAACCAGAUGGUUCGUGGCAGUAAUGCCCUCGUCGGAGGAGGAAAGCCAGUGGCUCGUUGGCAGCGGGGGUGGUCUCGCAUCUUCCGGCGGUGGCAUGACAUCCGGAACUGGAGAACGUACAGUCAGCAUUAAAGGAGGACUGUACACCGAGGAGAUGUCGACGCAACCAGCGAACGUAAAUACCGCAGCUGUGAACGCGGCUUCAGCCGAUUCCGCCGAACACGAUCUCAUCGACUCCACCGGCGACGCAACACUUUUGGCACAAUUUCACGAAGACGCUAUUAAGCAGGCUGGUGUUGGUUAUUUUCAAGUACUGGCCGCUGUAUGUACAGGCUUGAGUCUUGCAGCAGAUACCGUAGAAUUUUUUGUUGUUCCAUAUAUUUUACCAAGUGCAGAGGUUGAAUUGUGUAUUGAGGAUAAUGAGAAGGGAUGGCUCAGCAAUAUUACGUUGAUGGGUCUUGCGUUAGGUGGAUUAUUCUGGGGUGGUCUGGGAGAUAGACUUGGAAGGCGUAGGUCUUUGUUAUCAGCAAUGUCUGUUCAUGCAUUAUUUAGCUGUGUUGCUACAUUUAUGCCAACUUAUGGUACAUUUAUGACUGCUAGAUUUUGCUCUGCAAUUGGUGUAGGAGGAUCCUUACCACUAGCAUUUGCAUAUCUCGCAGAAUGCUGUCCAAGACUAAGCAGAGGUCGAUGGGUUGGCUUACUUGUAGCAGCUGGAGCACUAGGAGGGGUAUAUGCAGCUCUUUUAGCAUGGGUAGUGGUUCCCACAACUGGAGAAAUGGUUGUUCUUGAAAAUAAAGAGCACUUCAGUGCUUGGCACCGUUUUCUCUUACUCUGUUGUUUACCGGCAUUAUGCUCUACCAUUGGACUUAUUUUUAUACCAGAAAGUCCUAGAUAUUUGAUAGAAGCAGGAAGAGAUGUGGAAGCAAUGAUGGUUUAUCAGAAAAUAUACAAGAAAAAUAAUGCACGGAAGGGAGCAACAGGUGCACAGUAUCAACUUUCUGAAUUGGAGCUUCCAACAAAAAGGCCUCGCGGCUUGGCACCACCAUCUCCUACUAAUCACACUAGUGUUAUGGCUGACAUAAUUUAUUCUAUUGAAAUGUUUUGGAAUUCUUUUCUGGAGCUAUUUAUAUCACCACAUUUACGUAUAACCAUAGUGCUGAUAAUUAUUUGGUCGACCGUAUCAUUCGGAUUAUAUGGUCUCAUGGUAUGGUGUCCUGAGUACCUCAAGCUUCUACGUGCUACGGAAUAUAAAGCUCAUACCGAGUUGAUUUCUGAUCAAGAGUAUACAGGAAGGGUAUUUAGUGGUUCCUUAGAGAAUCGUCAGUACAGAGAUUCGAUCUUUUUAAACUGCAAAUUUACAAAGAUGGUAUUUAGCCAUGUAGACUUCGACAAUUGUACUUUCCAGUCUGUAGAAUUCAGUAGCAUAAAGUCCAGUAAAACUCAUUUUACAGACAGUGUUAUUGUAUAUUCGAAAUUUGUGGAUACGGAUCUAUCUGCGCAAGUUUUUACGAGAUGUAAAUUGGAAAACAAUACGGAAAUAAGUUUAAGCGGGCCGUGCCCGACACUCGAUUUGGAUUACAAUAUUUAUAUAGAAGAAGCUCUACACGGUCAUCUCGUUGCUCAAUUGGCCUUUGUGCCUGCUGCUGCUUUAGCAGGACUAGCACUCACUAUUCUUCAGCGGCCAAAAAUGAUUGGUAUUUCAUUAUUCUUUUCCUCGGUAGCUGCGCUAUGUUUAAUUUUAGUGGGUACAAAUAGUUCGGCAGUACUUGGCUUUGAAGGUGGCUUUAUAGCAAUUUUUGCUAUUGCUUGGACGUCACUGACGUUGGUUACAGUCGAGAGCUUCCCUACCCAUUUGAGGUGUACUGGUUUUGGUUUCGUGGCAGCUGUUAUAAGAAUAUCUGGUUUGAUAGGAACUACGACUUAUAAAACUUUAGUCGGCGCACCCUUAAUUGCGCCCGCACUGUUGACUGCAUUGCCGUUGUUAAUAGCUAGUCUUGCAACGUUUAAAUUGCCCCACACUCAUACAGUUUUCUUAUAAGGAUCUUACGUGUAAGUGAAAAAGAACACAGAGGUGCCGUAAGAGAAACGUUUCUAAUCUAUAUUUUAAUGAAUCACUUAUAAACUGCGCUGAUAUUUUUACUCAAUACACUCACGACAAGAAAUAUAUCAAGAUAUGUCUUGAAGUUUGGGAAAAUUCUUCAGAAAGGUUUGAACGAAAAUUGCAAGUGAAGUGUCUUGAACAAGUGCGAAUGUUUCAAUUUGCAAGUAUAACAAACAGAAAUUACUUGUUUCCAUGGAAGUGUGACCUCGUACAAAGUGACAUAUCUUAGUUAAAUGGAACGUGAAAUUGCGGUCUGCGAAGAAGUUUGAGUAUUUAAAGCGCACAGAUAUUAAGGAUUAAUCGUCUCAUACGCUAGAAUGUGGACAUUUUAGAAGAUUUUAAUACAUGUGUUUUAAUCAUUAACGAAGAUCAUUGUUACUGCAGAAAGAUCUUUGAGGAAAAAGCGAAAGACGUAUAGAGAGAUUCAAUAGUUAAGUCACAUUAUACUGAUAUUUCAUGUAGGACUUAUACUCCAAGAUUUCGCUCCAUCUAACUUCAAGUUUAAUAUAAGUCAUUCUGCGACUCGUUCUCAAGCCAGGAAAGUUGCAAAAUGCACAUGUCUGUUUGUAAAACUAUUUUAAUAGGGCUAUAGCCAUGAAACGUGUCAAUUUUAAUGGAUGUUAAGAGGCUGGAAAUCGUCAUCCAUACUGAUACGUCAAGACAUAACAAGAUUGAAACCCUAAAAACUUUGCUUACUGAAAAUGCAUUUGAAUAUCCGAGAUAGAAGACAUGGAAUGUUAUCCAUAGCGUAUAGAUGUUUUUUUUCUUUUGUUCAUUGUUAGGCUAGAGAAGCUGUGCAUGAUUCCAGAGUUACUACUUUUUAAGCAAUUCGUUUGAAAAAGUUUGCCAAGGACAGUAUCGUAGAAAUUUUUAUAUUUACAAUCGCUCCAUACGCUUUUGCUACUUGAAAAAUUAAAACGUAUAUCGUAAGAGAAUAGGUAGGAAAACCCGAAUCGAGUGAUAGCGAACUGUUUUUACUGUGGGAAGACAGUAAUCAAGUGAACACAUUAAGUACGUUUGCUUUUUACCGAUUUACUAGCUUGCAGAAAAUUUAGAUGCUAAACUCAGCUAAUCAAGAGGCAUUAUCAAUUUAACGAGAAAUGCAAACGCUGCCGUAUGGAUCCUAAAUUCUCAGCUGAAGACUUGAAAUCGAAAAAAUAGAAGCUUGAGCUUCGUUUAGUAUAAAUCUAAGAGAUUAUUGCCUCUAGUCAACUUUCAAUUGUCUUUAAGCUUUCAUGAAGCGUUGAACUUUAAAAAUGCGUCACAGACUUUCUAACACUUGAAAACGAAGUAGAACAUUAUUUUCUACGGAAUCGUAUGGGUGUAUUAUUGUCACCUUAAUUGUAAGAGUCGCUAUUAUAUUUACGGAAAAUUUUGCUAGAAUUUUACUGUCGUCGUGGGGUAACAAAUCGCGAUGGCGAGCCAAAGCUGAAAAAAUACUGGUUCCUCAAAACGGACAACUAUUCUUAGGCAAUAAGGACGUAAAGUAACUUUUAUGAAGCGGUUAUCGAAAUGUCUCAUUCUUAUUGAAACUCAAAAUAUAUCACUAAAUAUUUAAGCAAGUUUAUUAGUGAAGUAAAAGAACAAAACUGCUGUUGGCAAACUUAAUCAGAUAAGAAAUUUACGUCCUAUCAUGGUUAGUGAAUUUUUUCAUAUCAAAUUGUUGGCAUCCAAUUUAAAAUGAUAAUGUUAAUGUUGCGGAUCGAGUUCUGCGUGUCGUUUAAUAGAAAUAGAAACGAGUCGAAAGUGCUUCGUUGGUCGAACAAAUUUUAAUUAUAGCAUCGUCGCACCAGAAACUCGAAAACGUUGCUCGUUCCUACUUCUACAAACUGUAUUUGUGAACUUGGUAGUGAAACGAGCCUGUGCUGGUGUUCCAAUUCAGAAACACAAUUAACGACACGAAUAUACAAAUUUCUCCUUUUCUCUCACUUAAAGAAAACAGACGUAAAUUGUCGAAGUUUCAAUCUCUGCUGAAGCGAAAUUUUUAUUUAAGCCUCACUUAAAGUCGGGACCACAUAAUACUGAUAUUUAUAGACUUUUAACUUAAAUACAAUCACGAAAAAAACGUUUUUUUUUCUAAUGUUGUUUCUAUUAGUUAGUUAAAAAGUAUCAAUAUGAAUUUUGUUUGAAAGAGGGUUGCCGGCACACGCAGUUCCACAUUAUUAAAUCGUUGCUACAGCAUUACAUUCAUUGUCGCCAGUAGAUAACACACUUUACUCAACAUAUCACUUAUGAGCGAGCACUCUAGAUUCGUAGGCUUCGAUUAGACUAUUGACUAGACAUGUUUAGAAGUAUGUACCAGCAAUCGUAAAAGAUGAAAUCCUAAAUCGGUAAAAUAGCAGUAUAAGUGAGUGAUGUGUGUGCGGCCGCAUGUGUGUGUCCAUAAGUGUGUGCAGAAAAAGUGUUAAGAUGGUUGUCCUUAACUUCUUAACCCUUUCGCUACGACGCUAAUGUCAAAUGAAAAUAGAGUAUUCCAUUACUUCAGAUACAGGGCUGCUUUUAAGAAUCGUGAGGCAUAGGUGAAAUAUUUUUGACAGGGGCCCACUAGUUCUGUAUUAAUGAAUCGAUUAAUUAAAAAUAUUAAUAUUAUUUCUGAUUUAGAAAAAAAUUUAUUUGACAAAGCUAGAAUAGAUUAUCCUAGCGUGAGAUUAAUUAGAAGAAUAGAAUUAUUAUUUGCAACUUUAAAAAAAAAAAUAGUAUUUCAAUUAAUAAUAUAUCAAAAGGUAGCAAACUAAUGGUAGUUGUACCAUGUGCACGAUAAUUUGCAAUGGAUAACUAGUCGAUCAUGCCUCCAGAUCGUUUCGUGAAGGUGACUAAACUAGUUAAUAGUAUUCGCAAAUUGCGUUUAAAAAUGAUAAUUAAAGUUGCCGUUAAUAGCGAAAGGGUUAAAAGUUAUGUUUUAGAAGUUUCUUUUAACGAGUUCAGUCAAGCGACAACGAUGGAUACUUUAUUUCCAUGGAUUGAUUUUAUCAGCAGAUGAAACCUUGUGAUUAUAGUAAUUGAAAAAUAAUAUCUUAAAGCAAUGAAUACUCAUAAACGCUGAUCGAGCGACAUUCAGUGCAAUACUAUACUUUUAAGCGUAAAUAUCAUUUUUAUCUUGAAGAACAACGAGUGCACAAGUGUACGAAAUGAAUUAGUUCUUUUUUUUAUCAUGUAUUGAUUUCAUAUAAUUGCUCAGAAUAUUUAAAUUACAUUACUCAAACUAAUUGAGGAAAAACAUCUAUUCUAAUGACUUUACAAGUAAGGUACCUCAAUGCUGUAACUUGAACAUGUUAUGUAAGUUAGAAAUUCAGUACAUAUCUUACUCUAUCAAUUAUAACAAAAAUUGAUAUUCAAUUUAUUAUCCCUAAUUAUCUAAGGUUGUAGUCUAUCAAUUAUUUUUAGCAGUUCAUAUACAGACUGAAGAUGAAGUUUAGUUGCUAAUCACCAUAAUUUUUUUAGAGACUUUCUUAACUCAGAAAUUUGUAAUGUAUAAUUAUUUAUUAGGGGAAACAUGUAUAUUUUGGUGAUAGCAACAAAAGAGUCAUCCAACUCGCUGGUCUUUUUAGAAUUUAAUUCUGGUUGCACCUUAUGCCUUAUGCUGAAUAAAAUCCAAGGGAUUUUAAUAUUUUUAGCACUCGAUCCCAAGUUAGAAUAAAUAGGUUGUUUUAACAACUAUUCCUUUAAAAGGAAAGAUGACAUCAGUUUUACUAAAUUUCAGCUACAUUGUUUAAUCGCGGCACUUUAAUAUGCACUAUAUUAAUAGUCGACGGAAAAAACCUUAAUUUUAAUUAAGGAAAUAUUCUUGUUUUACAUAACAUGUUAAUAUAUUUAUGAUGAUUUAUUUUAUGGGUUUGGAUAUUCUAAGAAUAAAAGGCAAUACUAUUCAACAAACUAUGCAACCAGUAUUCAAAACAAAAAGACAACAUGAAAUUAUUUGUUCAUGCGUUGCUUAUUGAGAAACAUCACCCACCAAUUGGUUUAAAAAUUUAUAAGAAUAUUGUACGUUAAUAUUGGAAACAUUCAGUUUAUGCAAUAGAAGAUAUUAUCCAUAUCAUAGAACAAAUUAACAGAAAGAUUUUUCUUAAAACUUUGAUGAUUAAAGAUUUUAUUUUCAUCUCACAAAAGUAGUUUGUUUGUUUCAGUAUAAAUAUGCGUUUCGUAAACUUUUUAGAUAAAGGACAGUUUGCUUCGACACAAUAUUUACUGCAAAAGGAGAAAUAAGCUUUGAUAUUUCUUGUUCAAUUUUGAAAACUAAUUAGAUCGAAAUUCAAAAGACCAUUUGUAUAACUCCUAAGACGCUUCUACGAGCUUUUUGAAAUAUAACAGUGGCUGCUAUUUUUUGAGUAGCUUUUUUCGAGGGACCCAAAACAGGAUACAAAAGAUUACAAUGAUUCGAUGUUUUAUACGAAUAUGAAUCAUGAUGAUGAUCAAUGAAUGAUCAAUUCAUUGAUUUGUAUUGAAAUGCAUACGAGACGAUCGUAAUUAUAGUUUUAAAUACAUUCAUAUCAAGAAUACUGUUUAGAAUAUUAAUUGCCACGAUGGAAUUUGUAUAUAAUUUAUAAGAAAAUGCAUAAGCUCUUUAGAAUUUGAUGGCAGUACUUAGUAAAUUAUUUGUAACAUUAAUUGUUAUUAUCAUUAUCGUUUUACUGAUCGAUCGUUUCAAUUAGAUUCGAUUUCUCGAAAAGUUAUUCGAAAAAUUCUAACAUGCCCGUAAAAGGCACAGAUUUUGAGGGCGUCGGAACUUCGAAUAUCUUUAGAAUUUUGACAAACGUAGAAGUCGAUUAGGAUUGAUUACGAGGAAUAUCGUGUAUUGAAUGUAUAACAACGUGCAGAAAAAGUAUUCGAUACAUCAAUGUCAAUAAUUGCAAAUUAAGAAUCGAAUUGGAUGACCUCUACAUAAAUACUACUUAUGUUGUACUUUUUUUAUUCUACCGUGAUUCAAACGGAAAAGGUGAGAGAAUCGUUGAAAGGAAUAAACUGAAUUCGUAACAUC